UUGAAGCAAGACAUCCAAAGCGGUCGUCUGCCGUGUAGUGCAGAAGUGAGCGCUUCCUUAUCGGCGCUGACAUUGCAGUCAGAGUUGGGAGACUUCGAUGAGUCUGAGCACGACUUGGCCCUCAUCUCGGAGUUCAGGUUCGUUCCCAACCAGACGGAAGACCUCGAGACGAAGAUCUUGGACGAGUGGAAGGCACUGAAGCCCAGCCCUGUCAUCAAUACGUCAAACAGAGACCAGAAGCCACUGGUGUCAGCGUCCAUGGACUCGGCCACCGCUGAAGCCAAUUAUCUGAAUAAAGCCAAAUGGCUGGAGAUGUAUGGCGUGGAUAUGCACACAGUGUUGGGAAAAGACGGAAACGAAUACAGUCUGGGAUUAACUCCGACCGGAGUUCUCGUGUUUGAGGGGAAGAGCAAAAUCGGUCUCUUCUUUUGGCCCAAAAUCACUCGACUCGACUUCAAA